GUAAAAGAUUUCGAGGUGGAAGUGCAUCGAAAUCCAGGUUUUCCUCAAAACGUGAUAGUCACAAUCUUCGCUCGAGAAUGUAUUGUAUGGGAUGAGUUUACAGAAUACGUUUUUGCUUGGAAUGUGAAAAGAUCCAACUGGGGAAAGAACAUCGUUUCGAUUAAAAGUAAGAAGUGA